CCUCCAACUAUCAAUGUACCCCAGAGGCGUCCACCCCAACAACCCGCCAGGCCUGGGCCCAGCGGCACGUCCAGGCCAGCGUCCUCCCCAAGGCAUGGCACCUCGUGGUGCCCCAAUUCCCCAACCAGGCUACCCUCGGCCAAUGGGCGUACCAGGAGGACCACCACAGCCAAUCCCUCCCAACGCAAGAAUGCCACGACACAACCCUGGCCCCCCACAAGGAGGUCCCAAUGGCCCGCCACCACCGCUUCAGGAUCACAUGAGACAGAGACGUUCUGUGUCCGACAAAUUGAUCUCAGACUGCUAUUCCCAGUACACCAUCUCCAAGUCUGGCAAGCGGGUUCCCGAGAUAUCGUACCAAACCCAUCUUGCCAUCACCGAGUUCUCAGCAUUUCCCUCUCAGCCUCCUCCGGAAAACCUUCCUCCCAGCAAACUUGGGUCCGUCAAGCCCAGAGUGAUCGUGAUGUGUGUCAAACAGUCGGGACGAGUCCUCUUGCAAAAGGGUAAGUUCAAUGACGCAAAGAAAAUCUAUCAGAUUGGACGUACCUGGGACUUGGACGAGCUCAAAUCUAUAUCUCGGGCCGGCGCAAAUGGCAUAAUACUAUCCCUCAACAAAGACUAUUUCUGGAGAGUCGAAGAAAACAUGGAAAGAAUCUGGAAAUUUGUUCGGACGUUGGCCAACGCUUACGGAGGCUUCACCGGUAGAUAUCCCGAGCUCCAUGGGUUCACACUUCAGGAAUUGCAAUUGCCUCCUACUCCUGUUCACAAGCCACUCGUUAACAGUCCUACUCCUAACGCCGUUCCCGGAAACCAGGAUAUCGUUCUCAACGAGCCUGUGCCCGAUCCUGCAUUAUUGAAAUCCAAAUCGUUGAAGAGGAAAAACUUACCAAAUCCUGUUCUUCCUGCAGAGCCCAAACCUGCUAAAAAUGCUGCAGACUACUACCCUGGUUUCGACUUUACCUCCAAUGGUCAAUUGCCUCUGAAACCCAUGAAUGUUAUCCUGCUGGAUCGAUCAGGAACAACAACUGCGGAUACCUCGACCGCUCCUUCUGCAGUCCACACUAGUAUGUACAGCACUGAUAGGGAAGCAACGACUCCAGCAUUACAAUCGCACCCAUACAAGCAAAGGUCUCCAUAUUCUACCAGGGAAGAUGACACUAAAUCUAAUACAGAAGAUACAGAUCCUCAUAGCUUUGUGUUUACCAAUUCACCACAAAAACAGAACUACUCCCCAGAGAGAUUACAUCAAUAUGCCAAGGAGUCAGGAGAAACCUCACCACUAAGAAAAUUCAAGCCGAACGUCUCAACUUCCGCCCCUGGUCAAAGAAAUGUCUCUGAAGGAUUGGAAAACUCUGCAGCCUUGGCAAAUCGGUUGGAAAACCGUUUGGGUAACCCUAAUAAUUCGGAUGAUUUAAUCAGAGAAUUUGGGGAAUCCUUACCAAAACCACCAAAACCUACCACAAUGUCUCCUGAUUUCGGAAUUGAAGAAAUUACAGAUGAAAGUGACGGUGAGAAAACUCCCAUCGUAGGCUACAAGAGACGGGGUACCCAGCCUAACAUCGAAUCUGAAAUUAACGCGAAGGGUUUGGGGAUAAAUACCACUCAAGGUAUCAUAGGAGAAUCCACCAAUAUCGAAGAUAGAACAGAUAUGAUAGACUCUUCCAUUCAGGAAAUUGAAGAUUUGUUGGAUUCCCAAUUGUCUUUUGGAGGUAGCGAGUCUGUUGAUAAUUCAUUCCAAUUCAAACAAUCAGAAAUUGAUCUUAACGAUACUCUGAUGGAAGGUAGCGACGACUUGAAUGAAACCGAAGAAUUGUUUGUGAAUAGGCAGCGGUCGGUGAAGCCAUCUAAUUUAUCCCAAACUGUACCAACCGACCCGGGUCAUUCAAUGGAAGAGGAUGAGAGUAUGUUCACACAAAAUGAAACUGCUCAGAUAGAAUCUGAGUUGAAAAUAAGAAAAAAGGAAGCCUUGGUUCCAGUUGAGAAAGAUUCAGAGCUUGAAGAAAUUUUGGAAGAAGUCAACUGGUCUAUUUUGGAUACUUCAGAUUCAUUAGUAAAAAAGCUUAGCAAAGAGCUUAACAAUGUCAAGCAGAAGAAUGUUAAAGAACUUAUAGGACUUGACUUCAGCAAGAAUGAAGCAAGUAACGAUAUGAUUGUCUCGAUCGGUGAAAUUGAGAAUUUCACUCAAAUUUUCAAAAAGAUGGAGGUAGAUUUCAAAUUCUUAGCUAGCGACAUCAAUCAAAUUGAGAACGAUUCGCAAGGUCUCCAGGUCAAAUCUAUCAACAAGAAAAUUCUUUUCAAAGAUCUCAAAGGUAUUCUUGAUAAGGUGAGCAUUAAUCAAGAUGAUUUGAGAGCAAUUGAGGAUUUUAAAGAUUUCGAGCGCUUGAAUAAGCUCGAGAGCUUGGAGAAAAGAUUAUUGAAAUUGUAUGAUGCACUUGGUACUAUCAGAAACGACGAAGACAAUGAUUUGAGCUCAAUGAGGGCCUUGAUUCAAUACAGGGCUACUUAUGAAAAGGUUGCGACUCGAUUUAUUAAGCAUUUUAAUAAUUUCUCGUGCAUUCAGUUUAAGACAAUUGUCGGACAGCUCAGUGAAAACUUAACAGUUUUCAGACCAAGUGCACUUCUCAGAGAGUUGAAUAACCUCUUGAUAUAUUCCAGUAUAACUUAUUUUGUCAAAGACGUGGAUCUGGUCAAUUUCCAACAAUUGAAUGAUUACUUUAGUCAACAAUUGGAGGAGUUCUUGGAAAAUUUGAUAAGGAAUAAGAUCAAGGGAAUCACAUUCACUACAGCAGCUCCAAUUCAAUCUGAUCCAUCUACCCCGGUUGAACUCAAGAAAUCAAGAACAUUAAGAUUAUCUAGAAAGAUUAGUAAGUUGGGCCACAGUGGAAGUAACGACGACACUGAGCAGAUUCAACAACACUUGGAUAAUCUCAAGAAAUACAAAACUCAAAAUUCUAACGAGAUUGAGGAUCCAAAGGUGAUCAUGGAGAUUAUUGAAGAAACUAAGGAUUUGAUUGUUAAUGUACAGUUCUUCGUGGCAGCAUAUUUCCAUUAUGAUAAAUCUAAUACAUUGGAUUUCAACGAAUUUGUUCAAGCUCAUCCAUACAGAGAGAGAAGAGAGUUUUUGGAUGAAAUGCCAAGCACUCAGAUCGAAAGAUUAUCGAAAGACCAGACUUUCUCGACUAAUGAGUUGAUUGCACAUAUGACAUCUAUCUUUGGAAAUUUUAUUAAUGUCAUUUUGAAGAAGAUCAACCCUGUCGAGCUCAACUUGCCAAUUAUAUUGAUAUACUUGGAAACUGCUUUCAAUGAGUACACAAAUGUACCUAACCUGGAAUACCUCACAUUUAAUUUCUUGAAGAAGAUGAUUGAUAAGUUCAGGAACGGAUGGAACAAAUUCAUUAGAAGUCAAAUUGAGAAUAUUAAUAACUCAAUGGUUAUGGCCAAGGGUGGAAUUUUACCAGCAAUCAAAAACGUCAAUCAAUUAUUACUAAUUAUUGAAUCUUCAUUGGAGAACAAUCACAAUUUGGCUGACACUCUGGUUCGCUCGAUGCUCGAUUCAUCUUAUGCGGAUAUCGCUGCGUCACUUGUGGACUUGUUUACGAAGGAUGAUCCAUUACUUAAGAAUCACGAGUUUGAUGACAAGGAAAGAGAAUACCGUAACAUCAACAUCUUGCAAAACAUUUACUACAUUUUACAACAAUUGGAGGCUUUUAGUACAGUGAAUUUGAAGGUAUUUAAGCUGAGACUUCAGGAAAUUUUUGACAAGGUGGAAAAGACAUACUUCCAAAGAAUUUUAACGAAGAGCAUUGGCAAAUUGAUUGAGUUCAUUACUAAUUAUGAAGCCUUGGAAAAGAUGAAUAAUGGUAAACCUAAGAAGUACAACAAAAAGUUCAUCAAAUCCCUCUUGAGUGGAUACAAUCAUAAGGAUUUGACACUAAAAGUGGAAGAUAUCGAAAAGAAAUUGGAGAAACAUUUCAUAAUCGGCAAGGAUAUGUUUGAAAAGGAUUUGUUAGAUAGAUUGUGGAAGGAUACGGAGGAGGAGUUUGUGGACUAUUUCAAGCGCUUGGAGAGAAUAUUAAGAUCAGGAUUUGAAGAUGUCGAUGGAGGCGUGAGCAGUAUGGAAGUCCGGCAAAUCUUCAGAUCUGUUCAUUAAGAUCUUACUCACAAAUCGUGUAUAUUAUAAUAUAUAUGCUAAGAACUUGACUGUUUUGGUAUCCCAUGUAAUUUCGGGAAAUUUUAGUGCCAGACUUUAAUGCUUAUAAUAGCGAUAGUCAAAAUCACAUACGUCAGCCCAAAGUGGAACAUGCCACGAGUUGAAUUUUAAUAGUAUCCUCCUUCUGUUUGAUUUUCACUGCUUGUGCUAGAAUUACCCAAUGGAUUAUAUGCAGUUACCUUGCUCGUAGGUAUCAGAGUUCCCAAGGGCCAUUUCGAAUCGUUAUGCACUUCACUCCAGUCGACCACCUUAUCAAACUUUAAAUUAUCGUUUUCUUUGGUGAAUUUCAAGUGCAAUGCAAUCAAUUGAUCAAACAAAUAAGUCAAAUCAUUCAAGAUUAUUCCUGACUUAUCGUUAAAAACACUCUUAU